AUGGGGCUCAUCUUCAAGUCAUCCGCUUUCUGCCUCGUGGCUCUCUAUGGGUUUCAGUUAGCGACGGCGGCGCCUCCAACCUUCGCUGCGGAAGAUGUGACCGAUGAUGCCUACCUUUCAGUCAACUUGGCGCGUAAUGGGAAGCUCUCUGUUCAUAUUAACGAAGUAACAAAGGCGGACGAUAUGGUUCAGACCCUAAAAACAGCUUUGGGGGACGGCACCGGACUGACGAGCUCCGAUGCAACAUGUGACAACAUGGCACUUGGAGCAAGCCUUAAGCUAACAUUUAGCGUGAAGUUCACCCAGGAAACCAGCAAAACCACCAACUACCGCGAGAUGGUGCAAACUGCCUUAAACAAGGGGCUCGGGCAAUUGCCGACGUACCCAUCGACGUGGAACGCGUUCUGGGCGAACGCAGAUGGCGCGAAUUUGGCGAAUCUGCUUUGGUCUCAAAGUACGAAGAUUGCAUGCGCCGUCGGUGUAUGUACUGAUGAGUCACCACUACCGUCAGGAAAAGAAGCUAUUCUCGUCUGCCAGUUUUCUCCAGCCGCUCAAGAAAAUGCAGCUCCAUUCAGGUGCGUGAAUGAAAUGCUUUGA